AUGAGGCUGCCUUGGAAACUCGAAAAGACAAAGGUCACUGGGGUCAAGGAAAUCGUGGCAAAGUUCACUGAAAGCCGGUCAAAGGGUGAUGAGUCCAGCGAGUCGUGGCCUGCUUGGCGACGGUGGGCCAGAACGAUAGUCAUAGCGCCAAGCUUCGAAUGGUUUUGUGCAAGUUUGAUUCUCUUGUGUGCUCUGUUGAUUGGCACUGAAGCCAACUGGAACAUCCAAAACAUUGGCAGUGCUCCUCCGGCAAUCUUUCGGAUUUUGAACACCGCAUUCAACUUCCUUUUUGCUUUGGAGUUGGUUCUGCGGAUUUUGGUGGAAGGCCUUGGCUUCUUCUCUUUCUACAAUCAGUCUAUCCAUUGGAAUGUGAUGGAUGCUGCACUAGUCGCCGUUGCAAUAGUGGAAGAAGUCAUUUUGGUGAUGGUCGCAGCAUCAGCCGAAUCCUCCGUCGACUUGUCAGGCUUGAAGGUGUUGCGCAUGUUGCGCUUGGCGCGUAUUCUUCGUGUUGUCAAGGUGGUGAGGUUCUUUUCGGAAUUGCGCAUUAUGGUGAAUGGAGUAAUUGGCUCCGCUAGAUCUCUUUGCUGGGCACUUCUGCUGAUCAUGUUGGUGAACUUUUUGUUCGGAGUGUUCUUUAUGCAACUGUCCAUCGACUACUUGGAGGAGACUAGUCAAGACCAGGCCUUGAUGAAGUACUUUGGUUCUUUGCCACGGACUAUGAUGACGUUGUAUCAAGCCAUCUCUGGAGGGAUUGACUGGGACAAUGCGGUUGUAACCUUGCUGCCGGUGACCUGGAUCAUCGAGUAUAUCUUUGCGGCAUAUAUAUUCUUCACCAUUUUCUGCUGCCUCAACAUCAUCACGGGAAUUUUUGUGGACAAUGCAAAAGCUUUGAAGGUGGCAGAUUUGGAGAACAUGCACCAGGAGGCCAGACGAGAAAGAAAGAAAUGGAUUUCGGAAGUGGCUGAGUUAUUCUCGAGGAUCUGCCACGACAACGAUGGUCGUUUGACAAAAGAGGAUUUUGUGUACCACCUCAACAAUUCAGAUCGGAUUGCCACUUGCUUUCACAAGCUGGGAAUCAAUACAGACACAACCAAUACUGAUGAGCUUUGGCAGCUGUUUGAUUUCGGCGAGAGCGGCUACAUUGACCAAGAUGAGUUUGCCAUCGGCAUCAAGCAAUUCCAUGGCCAAGCACGCAGCAUUGACCUCUACAAGCUUCGGAAGGAAAUGAGGGAUGUUUCGAAAAGUGUGAAAAGGAUUGCAUCGGUCUUGUCAUUUGAUGGGUGA